AUGUGGUCUUGGCUGCUGUUUCUCCCUCUUCUGAAAGUUUCCUCAACGAAUGCCAUCUUCGAGCAGUGCAACCACCAGGUGAAGUUGCAAUCGGACCAGAAACUUCUCAUCAACUCGCCCUAUUACCCUGCUCUGUAUCCUGUGGGCACUUCCUGUCGUUACGCCGUGGAGGCUCCCAAGGAUCACGUGCUCCAGUUCAAAUGCGAGCUCCAACUACGAACGCUUUCCACGGACUUGAAAUGCCGCACGGAGGUGUUUCACUUCAAUUCCGAGGGCGACGAGGUGUUAACCAGUUCCGAAUACUUUUGCGGCAGCGGAAAAUUCGAGCGCAAAAGUUUUCUCAAUCGUGCGGUGAUUUCGUACAUAUCCAGUGGACAUUCGGAGCCGCCCUCAGCCGUCAAGUUGAAGGAUAAACUCUCCGCGGUAACAACUAUGAGCCCAACCACCGAGGCACCACAAGCUGUUUCCAUAGAGGACCAGGACGCGGAGGGGGAUGAGGAGCUGCAAGAGGAACAAGAAGUAGAAGAAGAAGAAGAAGCCGACGAGGACCUCAGUGACGAGGUGCUGCACGUGUUGCAGGAUGUGGGCGUCAGCGAUGCCCUGGCCUAUGUGGCCUCUUUGCUCUACGACGCCGAGGAGCCCAGAAGGUCCAGCACUACUAUUUACCUUGACAAGUUGCCAAUUCACAGCAGUUCAAAGACUUCCGCAAAACGUGCCAGGAUUGUUUCCAGCUACCCAACUGCCCCAUCGCCUGCCCACGGAGGUGGACGCUUCUCCUGCCUCGUGGAGGCUUUUCAGCCCACGUGCAGUUGCGGCUGGAGCCGCAUUCCCCGGAUUGCUAGUCCCACCAACGAGGAGGCCGUCCUGCACGAGUUUCCGCCAAUGGCCGGUGUCUUGACCAAAGCACACGGAAAGGUCUUUUGCGGCGCUGCGACCAUUCAUCACCAUUACUUGCUGUCGGCCGCCCACUGUUUCCAGGGUCCGGAGACGAACAGUGCUGCCAAGUUGCGGGUGGUGGUGGGUGAGCACGACUUGGCCAGCUCCUUUGAGACGUUCGCCACCCGGCGCUACGACCUUGACGCCCUUAUCCUGCACGAGGACUUUAGCCAGGCAAGUGGACAGCCGAGGAACGAUAUCGCUAUGCUGAAGACGCGAACGCCGAUCGUGUGGAGCCAUCAUGUGGGUCCCGCCUGCCUGCCACUGCAACCGGUGGAGGAUGGCCGGAAACUGCCGCUGACGGGACACCAGGUGGUGGCCGCCGGGUGGGGAACCACUUCCUACGGCGGUCCACAGACUCAUCGCCUGCUCAAGGCCACCUUGGAUGUGAUCGAUGGCAAGCGCUGCAGGCAGGCAUUGAGCUCCGCCGGCGGAGUACCGCCGCACACUUUCUGCACAUACACGCCCGGGCGGGACACCUGUCAGUAUGACUCGGGAGGAGCUCUUUACGAGCGGAUCAACGGACGCCUGGUGGCCGUGGGCAUCGUCAGUUUUGGCCAGGCUUGCGCCGCCCAGCAGCCGUCGGUCAACACUCGCGUCGCCUCCUUCAUCAAGUGGAUCCGGAUCAAGAGCCCCGAGGUGGCCUAUUGUCCUGGCAGAACAUAG